UUUCAUAACGUCGUACAAGCGCGUAAUAGUGGGAGUGUUGAUAACGUUCUAAGGUAUCAUUCUCAUAAAAGUUUUUAUAUUUAAAUUAUCUAAAAUCAGCUCAAAACUUAACAUUGUGCGGACUAUGGAUGUUUAUGAGUUUGAAAAGUCUCUACUCACUCGACUGGAAGAGGCACAUGGAAUCCUUGGUGCUCGUGGUAUUCCGAUAACGGCUUCAGCGGUUCGGAAUGAAUGGGCUAACUACAUUGAAAUAGCUAUAGAACCAACUGGGUGGCAGUCACUUUGGAGAAUUCCCAGAGCACUUUGUGAAGAACUGUCGGUUAAAUACCCAACCGUCGUAAUGGGAACCGUUGAACAGGUGCUAUUCGAUGAUUUAAAAGCUAUAUUUCUCAUCGAAGCAGUACAAGAUGAUGACGUACAUUUACCGGAUAAGCAGAUCGUCUCCCUGGAGGAGCUCUGGCCACUAAAAGAACAGGAAAACAAUGCUCUGAAUGUUGAUAGAACUGCAAAUUGUAUAGAUCAGCUAAGAUUUUUCUAUCAUCACAUUUGGAUGCCGUGGGACAAUGAUAACGAUGACGAACGAAACGAUUGGGCAGAAAAACAUUUGGAGACUCGAAUAAAAUUGUACUACGAUUUGAAAAAUAAGACUAUGUCGAGACGAUUAUCAUCACAUAUUAUGGCUUUGCUGGCUGAAGCUAACUAUAUUCAAAAAAAGAGAGAACAACUUGAAGCGGAAAUUGAAGAGGAAGAAGAGAACGAGAAUUUACUGCAACAAAAUAAUAAAGCAAGUGCUUUGAUGGAAAUUCAUCUGAGGUUGAACUAUAUUAAGAACGAAAUUGAAAUACUGGAAAAUCCUGCAAUGAGAGAAAUGUAUGAAAAAAUUCGAUUUUCGGAUAAAUCUAGUUAUUUUCAAGGUUCUACUGUUCGUUGCGAAAUUCCUGAUAAUGUUUUCGUUGUAACUCAUAUUGGAACAGUAGACCAACAAAUUGAGUACUUGAAAAAAGUGAAGCAUACUAUCAAUAGUGAACAAACAGUUCGAAUUUGCGAUUCUCUGCAAGGAGCUAUAGAAAAGUGUAAACCUUCUGAUAAGCUUUAUUUACCGCCUGGUAGACAUUUGAUCAAAUUCAUGGAAUACUUCAAUAAUGGGGGAGCAAUCAAAGCAAUCAGUUCCGUUCGUUAUGUGGAAAGUUGCGAAAACCAAAAGCUAGAAACGAUAGAAGACAAUGCUAUUAUAAGCUCAAAAGAUGAUGAUAGUGUGCUAAUUACGAUCGAUGGGGAUUACUGUUUCGAAAAUGUGACACUGGAUUGUAUGAAUGUUCGAACUGGUGUGUUGGUGAAGCGAGGAAAUGUUACUUUUAAAAACUGCUACCUUAUUGGAGACGCAAAAUCUACCACAAAACAAGCAGUUGUUGUAUUCGGCAAUUCUACUCUCCAGUUUGAAAACUGUGUUAUAAAAGAUUUUUCCGUUGGUAUUUAUUCUAACCACUAUUGCAGCAUUCAUCUCUCGAAUAGUGUCAUUAAAAAUUGUACUAACGGUUUAGCGGUUUUGCAUGGGUGUUGCGUUAGUUUCCAUUCGUCCAAGAUCAUUUCAUGCAAUGAUUACGCAGUCACGUUGGAAGUUGACGAUCUACAAAGUUUCCAGAAAGGGGAAACUCGUCGCACCUACAGUGAUUACAACCAAAUCGAGCGACCUGAAUUUUGUUUCGAUGGAGCAUGCGAAUUUAGCAGCAAUGGCAAAGCAAAUUUCGUUAUUUUCAACAACAAUGAUGCAGAAUUUAAUAACUCUUGCUUUGUCGAAGAACAGACACAAGACACGAUAAACGCUGUUCCGGGCGGGGUGCCGACUAAUGUAAGUAGUGCUACUUUCUGUACUCCUAGUGCCGACAAUUCAGAUUACUCCACUGGAUCAGACCUUCACGAAUACGACGAACUAAACAAUGGACAGUUGACCGACACCAUGAACGAAGAAAUGGCUCAAACGAGAUAUUCCUCAGAUAAAAAAUCGCUGUUUGACGAAUUUUCGAGCGAACACGAAUCAUCCGACUGUGUAGAGGAAUCGCUUGAAACAAUAGAAAUUGAAGAUACCAUAAUAGACAUUGAUUAGUGGAUUUUAAUGUGUUUGAUUCAUCUCAAUAAAACUGUUUGAUUUUGGAACGAGUGUUUCAAAAAGAAACUGUUGCAUGAUA